CAGCUGAGCUCCUGGCAGUUCACAGGCGCGAUCACAAGAUUCCUCAACGAUCACACGGCCAGAAAGAUUUUAUCCCUGAUGGCUCAGAAGAACAAGAGGAGAAGCUGCGCCAGUGCCGGGAUGAACAUUGGCAGCUCUUGCGGGAAGAACAUGUGGAGAGAUUGGGAAGUCUGGUGAAAGCUGAGUGGAAGCCUCAGGAAGGUAUUGCCGAGCUCAAAUCCCCUGCUGGGAAAUUCUGGCAUACUAUGGGGUACACAGAACAUGGAAAGCAAUGCUUGCUGCCAGAGGAAGCCCUGUAUCUCCUGGAAUGUGGCUCUAUUCAGCUUUUUUACAAAGACUUGCCCUUGUCAAUCCAGGAAGCCUAUGAGAUGUCUCAGAGGUCUGUGAGUCUGCUGAAGUACCAGGUAUUCAGUCACUUGAAGAGGCUUGGUUACAUUGUGCUGAGAUUUCAUUCCAGUGCUGUUACCACACCCUAUGAGAGACAGCUGAAUCUGGGUAGCCACUCUCAAAAUGCAAAGAAACACCACCACAAGAGGAAAAGGAGCGCCAGCCCUCGGAAGCGCAAAACAUCUGAGAAAACUCAGGAAUGCAAGCAGCCACCCCAAAAGACUGGGAGGCAUUGUGAGGGUUCCAGCUACACAGUGUCAGAUGGAGGAAUUUUAUCUGGGGAGAAAGUGAAAAAAUCUGAUCCUGAAGUUGCGUUUGUGGAGUCCAUCCCAUCUUCCAGUGAUGUAGUACAAUGUUAUGAAUCUUUUCCAGUUUGUAUCGGAGACCACCCUGAGAGAUCUGCCAUGGCACCUGGGGAAAGGCAGGGUAACACUUGUCUGUCUUGCUGGGAUUUCACCACCAUUACUUUCCCUAACAUGGGUGCUGAUUGCCCACAAACCCUCCUGUCACAGCCUGAUAAAAGACUCCUCCCAAAGAAUGUGACUGCAAGUGCAGUUGAUGCAAGCAGGUGGCGCAGAAAGCUCAAUCAGAAAUUUGAGAAAUUGUCUCACAAGGAACGGGAGCAUCUUGAGUGGGAGAGAAGGUACAAAAACAGUAUCAAUGAGGAUAAGGAAGUCAGGCAGUGCUCCACCUGGCGGGAAUACAAGACUCUUCUAGAAAAGAGAAGACAAGAGAGGGAGAAGAGGUACCCAGCAAACCUCUGGCAGCAGGCCGUUACCCCACUUAUCAAGCCAGAUCAAGGUCUUUCAACAGCUGAUGUCCUCCAGAAGAUCAAAGUACUCCAGCCCUCCAACAUCCUGGAUGGAGCACCCCAGCUACAGAAUGAUUCCAGAGGCAUGAAGAUAGAUUUUGAUGUGUAUCCAGCAGACACAGCUUCUACCUUUAAGAAGAAUAAACCUGGGAAACCUUUUGUCCGGAUAUGCGUUCGGAGCUUUGAUGAGCAGAUUCCAACCCUGAGGGCAGUGAAACAGCUCGCUUAUCAAAGUGGUGAUGUCCCAGUGACCUUUGCACUAGUAGACAAUGGAGACAUUGCUUUCUAUUCUUUUAAGGAGUUUCAACUUCCUGUUGAUGUGUAUCCCUGAUUGUUGCUGCUGUCCCCUGGAGAAACAUCUUUGAGACUGGGCUCUCUUUUGUGCACAUGUAUGAAAUGUAGUCAGGGGUUUGCUCAGCAUAGAAACUCAAGCUGCCAGUAUUGUGCCAUCAGUGCAUGAAGAAAACUGCUCGUUCGUAAAAGCAAAGGGCGAUUCAGAUAUGUUCUUCCUUUAUUGCAUCACCUCAGUACUUCCUGAACAGAGAUGCACAACUAGUUUUAAUGUACCAGUUAGUAUCGUUAGACUGAUAUUAUCUGGAUUUCUAUUUUGCAUGUACAGAAUAGGCUCUGGUUGACUGAGUACCAUUGUACUGAAUCGAUACUGAAUGGUACACAGAAGUCUUGCUGAAGGUUCAAAAAUCCAGUUUGUUUCUAAUGGUAUCUUAAUAACUGUGACACCAGCAGUUGUCAGAUUCAAUCCUUUGGAAUGUGGGGGUGGGGAGUCUCCAGAGCAGGAUUUGACCACCAGAUGGAUCAUUUAGCAUUUAUUUAGCAACUAUAGGUUGAUGUUUGGUCUGACAUCUAGUAUCAGUGGGUGCUUUCACACAAUGACUGUGGAUUUUGCUAUUCUUAUACAAUAAAAAUCCAGUUGCAGAGUGCCUUAUUUAGUGUGUGUGAAUGCACCCAGUGAUCCACUAAUAGUAAGAGAAAUAACAAGGUGCUAUUGCAGUAAUGUUCAGAGCCAGUAAUCCUACAGGGACAGACUUCUGUUGCUGGGUUAAGCUGGUCAUUCUUCGAUGUCAAUAUUCUACUGAGAAGAACAGCGUUGGAUUCUCCAUCCAAUCCAUGGAAAUAUGCCACCAUGCCUUGUAGCUCACAAAGCUAUUGAGAAUUAAAUUAUUAGAAGUAUUGUAUUAUUAGAAGUACAGUCACCAUUAUUGGGAUCGCUAUGCUCAGUUUGUGCAUUUUCAGAACAAUAAACUACUACAAUAUUGCUUGGGUAAAAGAGACUGGCUAUUUUGAAUUCAGGGAUUCUUUUGUUGGACGUUUCACAAAGAGAUUUUAGGAAAUGGUUUUAUAAAUGUUGUUGGGUUUUGGAAGGUAAAGCAAUAAAAUACCCUUUUCCUA